ACCAUCCUCGUGUUGCAGGUGGACUAAGCAGGACUUAGAGCCCCAUCACAGUGCCUCCACCUCACUUACUGACUCACUGAUACAUAAGAGACACAAUGACCAGAAGAUCCUGAAACUCACCAACAAGAUCAUUCAGCUGCUGACUGGAGAGGAGGGGGAGUAUAUAGAGGAACACAGGGGUCUGUACAAGGACGUGAUGAUGGAGAAUCACCAGCCCCUCACAUCACUGGAUGGGCCCAGUAACAGAGAUACCCCAGAGAGAUGUCCCCGUCCUCUGUAUUCCCAGGAUUGUACAGAGGAGAAUCACAGGACCCCACAGGAGGAUCAGUACAUGACUGAUAUGAAGGCAGAAGAUAUAGAGGGAGAAGAAGAGACGUAUGUGACUGAUAUGAAGGCAGAAGAUAUAGAGGGAGAAGAAGAGACGUAUGUGACUGAUAUAAAGGCAGAAGAUAUAAAGGGAGAAGAAGAGACGUAUGUGACUGAUAUGAAGGCAGAAGAUACAGAGGGAGAAGAAGAGACGUAUGUGACUGAUAUAAAGGCAGAAGAUAUAGAGGGAGAAGAAGAGACGUAUGUGACUGAUAUGAAGGCAGAAGAUACAGAGGGAGAAGAAGAGACGUAUGUGACUGAUAUAAAGGCAGAAGAUACAGAGGGAGAAGAAGAGACGUAUGUGACUGAUAUAAAGGCAGAAGAUAUAGAGGGAGAAGAAGAGACGUAUGUGAGGGGUGAUCAGCAGUGUAAGGAGGAGGAGAUCCCUACAUAUAUCAGCACAGGUGGACACACAAGCAGGAAUAUCUCAGAAGGACAUCUAAUGUUAUCCCCGGAUUGUGACAUAAAAGAUAAUGACAGUAGACAGGAUUCCCCAGGAGAUAACCCCAUUACCCCAAUUAUACAUCCAGCUCUAUCAGCUGAUCCCUCUGAUCCUGGGAAAUGUUCUCCUGAUCACUCUGAUAUUGGUGCAUCUGUUACAGCUCUGAGAGUAGAUACAGUGUUUCCCUGUUCUAUAGAUGCCAUAUGUUUUACACAGAACACAAACCUUAUUACUCAUCAGCCAGCUAAGGCAGGUGAGAGGCCAUUUCCAUGUUCUGAGUGUGGAAAAUGUUUUACAUACAAGUCAGCUCUUGUUACACAUCAGGGAAGACACACAGGUGAGCGGCCAUUUUCAUGCUCUGCGUGCGGGAAAUGUUUUACCCGGAACUCACAACUUGUUACACAUCAGCGAAGUCACACAGGUGAGAAUCCAUUUCCAUGUUCUGAGUGCGGGAACUGUUUUACAUACAAAUCACUUCUAAUACAUAAGAGAUUGCAUACAAGUGAAAAACCAUAUUCCUGUUCUGAGUGUGGGAAAUGUUUUACAUACAAAUCAACUCUUGAUGCACAUAAGAGUAGUCACACAGGUACAUCACCAUUUCCAUGUUCUGAGUGUGGGAAACAUUUUGCACAUAAAUCACAACUUGCUAGACAUCAGAGAAGUCACACAGGUGAGAGGCCAUUUCCAUGUUCUGAGUGUGGGAAAUGUUUUAUCUGGAAAUCACAACUUGUUACACAUCAGCUAAGUCACACAGGUGAGAAGCCAUUUCCAUGUUCUGAGUGUGGGAAAUGUUUUGCCCGGAAAUCAGAUCUUGUUAAACAUCAGAGAAGUCACACAGGUGAGAAGCCAUUUUCUUGCUCUGAGUGUGGGAAAUGUUUUACACAGAAAUCAUAUCUUGUUAUACAUCACAGAAGUCACACAGAUGAGAAGCCAUUUCCAUGUUCUGAGUGUGGGAAAUGUUUUGCCCGGAAAUCACAACUUGUUAGACAUCAGCUAAGUCACACAGGUUAGAAGCCAUUUCCAUGU